AGACGAUCACGUGUAUUCGUCGCCUUGCAUUUUUUAGAGUAAGAGAUGAUUGAGAAAAGUUCUUACAGUACAACCACUCUAACCUUUAGUCGCCAUCACAAAUUUGCCUAUACAAAAUGCUGCUGCGACAUGAAGGUGCACGUUUGCUAAACUUAACAUGCAAGAACACUCAAAUCGCACCAAAAGCUAUUGGAAGUAGAUGGUCAAAAAGUGCAUCAUUCUCAUCUUCAUCCUUUCAUCAAACAUCACAAGAGCAGGGUACUUCGAUCAAAUCAAGUGCAGACACACAACAGCCUUCUUCUUCUUCUUCUUCUUCUUCUGCAGUCACAACCAAUCGAAAACCAUCUCCGCUACAAUUCGAUAUAGAAUCCUUUCCUUCCCUUUUACAUGAACCUCAUCCUGUUUUAGAUGCAUAUGAGCGAUGGGAUGUUCGUCCAUCAUCUGAAGCACCUUUUCCUUCUUCCGUCACUUUCUUCAAUUCGCCAAAAUAUUUCGCUGCGAAAAAGCCAAGUGCAGCUGCAAUCAUUCAGUCUGGAGGAGAUGGAGAUGGAGAUGACAUUGAUAGUGCUGCUUAUCUAUCAUCCGUAACUCCACUGUCCAAAGGCGAAGUCAAUGGCAUUCACCGUCAUUUGCUCAAAAUUCGAAGGGUCACUCAACAAACCGGAAAAGGCCGAUUUAGCCGCAUGUCUGCGCUGGUUGUGGCAGGAAAUGGGCGUGGAAUGGUGGGAUACGGGGAUGGGAAGGAUAUCAAUGUUGGGAAUGCAGCAAGAAAGGCAUUUCAUGCCGCUGUCAAGAAUAUGGAUUACGUUGAACGUUUCAAUGGUCAUACUAUUCCUGCUGAAGUGACGGGUAAAUGGAGCUCUACCCGUGUCACGUUACGACCCAGACCGCAUGGAUUCGGACUGCGAGUUCCUCCUGUGAUCCAUGCAAUCGCUCGUUCAGCAGGCAUUACCGAUAUGAGCGCAGCAAUUUUAGGAUCAACCAAUCCGAUCAAUGUCGCAAAAGCGACUUUGGCCCUUUUAUGGGGGGGAAGUGCACCUCAAGGCUUAGGUGAUGGUAUUGGCGGUCCGAUGAGAAGGGUUGAUCGUGGUGUUGGUAUGCGUACAGUCCAGGAUAUCGAGUUGGCAAGAGGGAGAAGGUUACGACAAGUGGAUCUUUCGAACGAUAGUUGAAUGUCCAUCAAUGAAUACUUUUUGUUCAUAGAUUUCUACGAAUGGAAGAAGUACUCCAGUAUAUAUAAUGAGCAGCAUAGAAGGCAAGCCAAUGAUGGCUGCUACAGAAAAAUAACCGAAAUGACAGUGGGUAAUCUAUGUAAGGUAGAUACACUCCUCAGCUGAGCAAGAUCGUCUUGAUAGCAGUAGAUAAGGUAGAGCUACGAAUUAUUUUAGGAAAAAGGGCUAAGAUAUAUAGAGGAUAGAGGAUAGAGAUGAAAAUCG